AUGAAAUCAAAACAGCACUUUUUCCCUUCGUCGCACACAGCGCCUCUAGAGCUAACGGAAGAAAGCAUUCAGUUAAGUGAAAGCAAAGCAGCAAAAAUGGCCGGAGCGCGUCGCGGUGGUGUAAAUACUGAGGAUUUAUCCAAUGUGGAGUUCGAAACUAGCGAGGAUAUUGAGGUGGUGCCCACCUUCAAUUCCAUGGGCCUCCGGGAGGAGCUGCUUCGUGGGAUUUACGCGUACGGUUUCGAGAAACCCUCUGCUAUCCAGCAGCGCAGCAUUCUUCCGAUUGUCAAGGGACGCGAUGUGAUUGCUCAGGCGCAAUCGGGCACAGGAAAAACAGCCACGUUUUCCGUCGCCAUCCUUCAGAGUUUGGACACGACGAUGCGAGAGACGCAAGUGCUGUGCCUCUCGCCCACACGCGAGCUGGCGGUGCAGAUCCAGAAGGUGAUUCUGGCUCUGGGAGACUUCAUGAAUGUGCAAUGCCACGCGUGCAUUGGCGGCACCAACCUGGGGGAGGACAUCCGUAAGCUGGACUAUGGGCAGCACAUCGUGAGCGGCACUCCGGGUCGAGUGUUUGACAUGAUUCGCCGGCGAGUGCUCCGCACACGCUCCAUCAAGAUGCUCGUGCUGGACGAGGCGGACGAGAUGCUGAACAAGGGCUUCAAGGAGCAGAUUUAUGACGUGUACCGCUAUUUGCCGCCUGCCACGCAGGUGUGCCUGAUUUCGGCCACGCUGCCGCACGAGAUCCUCGAGAUGACGUCCAAGUUUAUGACCGACCCCAUUAGGAUCCUCGUGAAGCGCGAUGAAUUGACACUGGAAGGCAUCAAGCAGUUCUUCGUGGCCGUGGAGCGCGAGGAGUGGAAGUUCGACACAUUGUGCGAUCUCUAUGAUACCCUCACCAUCACUCAGGCCGUUAUCUUCUGCAACACGAAGCGAAAGGUGGAUUGGCUGACAGAGAAGAUGCGAGAGGCCAACUUCACUGUCAGCUCGAUGCACGGCGACAUGCCGCAGAAGGAGCGCGACGAGAUCAUGAAGGAGUUCCGCUCUGGCCAGAGCCGCGUCCUCAUCACCACAGACGUGUGGGCGCGCGGCAUCGACGUGCAGCAGGUUUCGCUGGUCAUCAACUACGAUCUGCCCAACAACCGUGAGCUGUACAUCCACAGGAUUGGCCGUUCUGGACGCUUCGGGCGCAAGGGUGUCGCCAUCAAUUUCGUGAAGUCGGACGACAUUCGAAUCCUGCGCGAUAUCGAGCAGUACUACUCCACGCAGAUCGAUGAGAUGCCCAUGAAUGUGGCAGAUCUGAUCUAAUUCCUCACACUUUCUAUUUAAUUCACCCAUUUAUAUCCAAAUACAUAAAAUAAUCAUUUUGUGGAAUAAAAA